AUCCGUGGGAAAGUAUCUGAUGUAUUCGUUGGCACACGGUUCUUGGGAAGUUUGCUUGUUUGUUAUUGGGAAGUUUUCAUUUCCUGUCUACCUGAUCUGCUUAACAGGCCUAGACCCUUGGAUUAAUGGCAUUGUCGGGGUGACUUCUACUUUGGUCCCUCUCUGCAUGAGCACCUUAUCAACAUGAAAUACAGUCUCCCCUUGACCUUCAUAUGUCUGAGUCUCUUCACUCCGAGGAUAUGUAUCCAGGGGAAUCAGUUCAACCUUGAGGUCAGCAGAAGUGACAAGCUCUCCCUGCCAGGCUUUGAGAAUCUCACAGCAGGAUAUAACAAAUUUCUCAGGCCCAAUUUUGGUGGAGAACCAGUUCAGAUAGCACUGACUCUGGACAUUGCAAGUAUUUCUAGUAUUUCAGAGAGUAACAUGGACUACACGGCCACCAUAUACCUCAGACAGCGCUGGACAGACCAGCGGCUGGUUUUUGAAGGCAACAAGAGCUUCACUCUGGAUGCACGCCUCGUGGAGUUCCUCUGGGUGCCGGACACCUACAUUGUGGAAUCCAAGAAGUCCUUCCUCCAUGAGGUCACUGUGGGGAACAGGCUCAUUCGCCUCUUCUCCAAUGGCACCGUCCUGUACGCUCUCAGAAUCACAACGACUGUUGCGUGUAACAUGGACCUGUCGAAAUACCCCAUGGACACACAGACAUGCAAGUUGCAACUGGAAAGCUGGGGCUAUGAUGGAAACGACGUGGAGUUCAGCUGGCUGAGAGGGAAUGACUCUGUGCGUGGGCUGGAAAACCUGAGGCUUGCUCAGUAUACCAUCCAACGGUAUUUCACCUUGGUCACCAGUUCGCGACAGGAAACAGGAAAUUACACACGACUGGUCUUGCAAUUUGAGCUUCGGAGGAAUGUCCUGUAUUUCAUCUUGGAAACCUAUGUUCCUUCCACUUUCCUGGUGGUGUUAUCCUGGGUUUCAUUUUGGAUUUCCCUUGAUUCAGUUCCUGCAAGAACCUGCAUUGGAGUGACCACCGUAUUGUCAAUGACAACGCUGAUGAUCGGGUCCCGCACUUCUCUUCCCAAUACCAAUUGUUUCAUAAAGGCCAUCGAUGUGUACCUGGGGAUCUGCUUUAGCUUCGUGUUUGGGGCGCUACUGGAAUACGCAGUUGCCCACUACAGCUCCUUACAGCAGAUGGCAGCCAAAGACAGGGGGACGGCAAAGGAAGUAGAAGAAGUCAAUAUUACUAACAUCAUCAACAGUUCCAUCUCCAGCUUUAAACGGAAGAUCAGCUUUGCCAGCAUUGAAAUUUCUGGUGAUAAUGUUGACUAUAGUGACUUGACAAUGAAAACCAGUGACAAGUUCAAGUUUGUCUUCCGAGAUAAGAUGGGCAGGAUUGUUGAUUAUUUCACAAUUCAAAACCCCAGUAAUGUUGAUCGAUAUUCCAAAUUACUAUUUCCUUUGAUUUUUAUGCUAGCCAAUGUGUUUUACUGGGCAUACUACAUGUAUUUUUGAGAGUACGAUGAACUGUUUGCAUGUUGUGGUUCUUCAACAGAACAAAGUAAUGAUGUAAAUGGGAUUCUAAGCCAAGUGUGUGCACUAACCCAAUAGAGCUACAAGUGACUAAAAUAACAUUUGAGCAUUUCUCCUCAAAGAAUAUUCCCCCAACCAUUAUUUAAGCUGUGUAGAAGUCCUAGCAUUACAGAGUCUUGUAAUAGAAACAUCAACUCAUUCCCUUUUUAUCUUUACCAAAGACAUCCCCAUGGAGCCUAAGAUUACUAACCUACUCAGAGUUGACUAUUUGCUCAGUGGCUCCCUGGUCUGCAUUUACUUCAUAUAAAAAAUGAGAAGGAAACUAUUAUAUGUAUUGAGUAACCCUCAAGUGUCAGUGGUUGUUUCUAAAUUAAUCAUACAUGCUAUUUACUAACUCUCUACAGUGCUUAUAAAAUGCAUUGUUACCUAUUUAGGGAGUAACAUUUUCUAGUUUUUGUUUUUGAUUAAAAUGAAAUGUGGGCCUAAGUCAAUUCGCUGGAAGUCACUGCACUAACGCAAUACUAAGAUGAGUUUUUAAUACAGUAUUUAAUACCACAGCAGAACUGUCCCCAAAUCCCAAUAAGUUCCACCAUUGAAAAAUCAAAUGUAAAUGAAGAAAACAUUAAUGGGUCAAUAAUCUCUAACAUAAAUUUGUUUCUAAGACAUAAUGCAUUUCCCUGAAUCCUAACUGAAAUAGCUCUGGGGCUUUAUUCCCCCAUUGGAUAUGUCUUAUCAUUUAACUAUUAAAUGUACACCAGUCCUCAGCAAUGCAAAAGCCCUUUCCCCACAUCAGGGAUGAAGAUGGAAGAUUUUUUUUUUUAAACACUGAUUCUAAGGAGUCUUAAUUUGAACUGUUGCCAUCAACACUUGCAGAACUGAGUUCAUUUCUACCUGCUUCUCUGACACCAAGCAGCACUUUCCCAGCAGCGGAUCUCCUGCAUCUUUCCAAGAGGAGCUCUUAUUCCUAUGCUCUAGUGACCAGGAAUGAUGCUUAUUAGAUCAUGAACUGCAUUACCCAGAAACAAGUGGCCUAGAACAAGUAAGUUUGGCCUUGCUUGGAACCCCAAUCCUUCCAGCUGGAUUACUUGGAGUAGUUUAUCCUGCAUGAGUAGGAGAAUGUUGGUCCUGAGUCCUGAACUUUCUGAGUAACAAUGGGACUUGUUCCAGAACCUACGUGCAGGCUGCAGAAGAGCUAGCUUUUCCAAGUCCUGUCACUCUCACCCAAAAACAAGAAGCACAUUAUUGCAUCCUUGCCCCUUGGUCAAGCUCAGCCGACAGCGUUAUUAAGUGGAGAUUUGCCAGUGUGUCAUGAUAAAGGCUUCAGUUCAGACUCAAUCUUCAUUAAGAGAAUCUUUCCAUCUUUAAUUCUUUAGCUUCCUUUUCUAAUAAAUGUAUGUGUUUACCUUUACUUUCAGAAAUAAACCAUGGCUUCUCUUUUGUAUAACCCCCUGUACCAUAAGCUCUUAUUCUUUUUCUCUUUUUGGUAAUUCUCCCAAUUCAGUGUGUAUGGGUGGAAUCACUUGAGCUUUUAACAAAAUGUUUCUAAUGGGAAUGAGGGAAUUAAAAGAGGUGGAAUGUGGUUGUAUGGUUCAAUCAUAUUUGUGUUUUUUUUUUAAAGGUUUAAAAGGAAAUCUCUGCUCUGAAACCCUGUUCAAGCAAUACCUAAUUUUUUAAAAGCUGUAAAUGAGU